AUUAAUUUAUUUGUAUUAGCUGUGAUAUAUCCAGCUUAAAAGUAAAAAAAUGAGGAGAAAUUCUUCAGUAGAAACUUCAAUCAAUAUUGAUUCGAAGAGAUCAAAACCACGUACGACUAUUGAUAAUUUACCAUCAUUGGCUAUUGAAUAUAUUCUAAGUCAAUUAACUUAUUAUCAAUUAUUACAGCUAAGACUUCUUUCUCGUCAUUGGUAUUCAUUGAUUCAGGAAUAUCUAUCGCGAGCGGAUCGUAAUUUUUUCAUCAAUCUAACCAAUUAUCGUGUGCAAUGGGUUGCCGUCAAAGAACAGGUCGAAUAUUGUAAUAACUCUCAAUUAUCACAUCAGCAGCAGCAAUCGGCAGCUGUUAUAAUUCCUCCUGAAUCGAAUCUAAAUUCAUCGAAAAAAUUACGAACAAUUCCACGAAUGUCACCAAGACUUCAUCAUCUGGCCUGUUAUGUGGAUGAUUAUAUGUAUAUUUAUGGUGGAUGCGUAUCAUUGACCACUACUUAUAAUGAUCUUUGGCGUUUUGAUACGAAAACCAAACGUUGGUCCCGAAUUAUUGCCGAAGGAACUUUGCCACUGCCGCGUUUGUUCGGUUCAUUAUCACUAUACAAUUGCUAUGUUGAUAAUAAUGACAGUGGUGACCGAAUUCGGAAACAAUAUCUGGUACUAUUCGGUGGAAUAGUUUUCAACGAUAAACUACAACCACCAACAUUUGAUGAUCGUGAUCGUUUGCUCAAAACAAUACAUUUAUUCGAUAUUGAAUUGAAUCGAUGGACAUUAAUCCAAGUAAAAGGUUCGAUCGAAUUAAAAUCCUGUCAUCAUACGGCAACUAUAGUUGAUGAUGAACUAAUUAUUGCCUGUAAUGGCCAUGGCUAUGUUAAUGAACGUCCAAUCGAUGGUAGUGAUGCAGCAGCUUCAUUAUUUGUAUUUGAUUUACGACAACAUCGUUGGCGUUGUCAACGUACCAUAGGACCUAUGCCUACUGGAUUAUUAUCAAAUUCUACACGCGUCAUUCCACCGAUGGCAACACCGGCAAUGAUAUUACAAUCUGCUAAAGAAUUAUUUUGUAGCCGUACGCGUGCCAUACCUAAUUCCUUUAUUUUGGAUAAUCAUAAUAUCUUAUUUAUAAGUCACGUUUCCAAUUAUUCACAACAAGCAUCACCAUAUGCAUCUUUGCUAAAACGAACAGGCCGUUGUCAAAAUUGGCCAAAUUGUGUGGAAUGUCAACAUUUUUCCAAUGCUCAUGAUGACGAUGAUGGUGGCGAUUAUAAUCAUCACAAUCAUAAUCAAACACCAUGGCAAUGGCAAUCGAUUGAUUUAUCGAAUGUUGAACCUGAUCUCAAAUGUGGCAAUAUCUGUAUGAUAAAUGAUCGUUUAUUAGCCUAUUUAUCAGUGAAGAAUCGAUAUUUUUAUGAAUCAAAAACUCCGAAACAUUCAAUCAUUCAGCAACAACCAUCCAUCAUAAUAUCGCAAUCAUCAUCGAAUGUACAUUCUAUGGAUAAACGUACGAUUCUACAUGAACGUCGUAUUGAAAAAUUGGAUUAUUAUAAACGUUAUUAUGAAGAUCGAAUAUAUCGUAAUGCAGCCAACCGUUCCAAUAAUAAUAAUAAUAAUAAUAAUGGUGAUAAUCAACGACAAUAUGCCCCAUUAACAAUGGAUCGCCAUUAUAAUGUUACACAAAAGAUUACCUUACAAUUGCAUUUAUUAGACAUAACUGAAGUGUUAAGCCAUCGACGAAUACGAAAACUUCGUGCAACACGAUCAAUGGAUUAUACAGUUGCACCGAAUGCAUUCAAUUAUUAUUCAUUGGUAGCAACACCCGAAUCACUAAUACUAUUCGGUGGUUAUUUUGUUGAUGAAUUAUAUAAAGAUAUACAAAACAGGCUAUUUUUACUUGUAUCAAAACCAGAAACCAGUAUCAAUUAAUUUAAAGAAACAUUUGUUAAUUUUAUUAAAUCAAAAUAGCCAUUACAA